AUGGCCAAUGAUCACAUCGAAUACCUUUCGGCCAACGUGCUGAACGACGGACAGACUAUGCUCUACGACUUUCAUCGCACCCAGAACAAGAAACAGCCCAAUUCCUUACACGCUACAUACCUAGUCACUGGAACCCAAUCUCUUCCGUCGUCACAACAAGUCGAAAAUGAUGCCCUUGAGAGCCAAGAUGCUUCAGACAAGACCGCGCAAACCGGCCCUGAUCACCAGAGGCCCGGCAGCUACCAAGCCACGUCGCUGCUUCUAGUGGACGAGGACAAUCUUGACACCGCCAAGUCUACUUUCGACGACGUCUUGUCAAUACACGUCUACAGCAUCCAGCCCACCAAGAUCAAUACANNGGACUUGCAUGUCUUGACCGAGUGCAAUCGAUCUAUCAUGGCUGCAGCUACCAAUGAAGAUCUGCUCGAAACAUACAAGCAAUAUGGUGUCAUCCAGAACGGCCAAGUAAAGGUAAACAUGUCCCUCAAUCAAUUCGACUGGAUUGGAGUACUGAUAUGCCACUGUCCANNGCGUCGCUCUAUGCGCACUCAGCACCACCAAAAGCAACUGCCAGCACAAAAAGCCACAGCUUCAAAUGUCGACACGAAGCCAGCCAAGUCCAUGUUCUCAUCCAGUAGACCUGCCGCCAAGGAUACCUCCAAGACCACAACGACCUCGGCCAAAUCCACCCCUGAUUCGUCACAGGCAUCGACUCAAGCUUCUACCAAACCCGCUGCCACCAAGACUGCGCCUCUCAAACGCGAAGGAUCGAGUUUAUUCAAAGCAUUUGCCAAAGCCAAGCCGAAGACACUCAGCCAGGCGACUGAAAGCUCCGCCGAACCUUCGCCUAGUGUAGACUCGGCCGCAAAGGAGGAUGGUCAGUGCUGUGACCAGCGGAAACCAUUACAAGAGCUAACAGCUGUUGUAGAAGCCAUGCACGAUUUAUCUGACGAAGAAGCUGAUGAUGGAGAUGCUGCUAUGCUUGAUGAAGGUGCAAUCACCGAGACCGGAGGUAAAUCGAAGAAAGAGAGAGAGGAUGAACUACGCCGCAUGAUGGACAUGGAGGGUAAGAGACAUUUCGUCCUGCACUUGUAUGCGAAAACACUGAACUGA